AUGCCUAAGGAGCCAUCUCAGGCCUUACAGGAUGAGAAUGUUGCCGCUGAUAUAUCCAGUGAUUGUAAUUCCAUCAAAGAAUCACCAAAUGAAGCACAGGUUUGUAAGCCUAGCAGCUCUACUGAUAUUCAUGUCUCGGAAGAACAGAAAGCUCGCAUCGAAGCCAACAGGUUGAAGGCACUGGAGAGAGCUGCUGCUCGGGCCCGGUCUUUACAAGCAGCUUGA